UUACAAAAUCAAAGUUUAGCGACAGAAAGUCACGGGUUGACCACACUCCUGCUGUCUCCGGCGCUCACCAAAACCACCGAUCGCCGUUUCUUCCGCUUCCACAUAACGCCUCCAAUCAUCUAUCGUCAACUGCAAUCACCGUUUUUCCAGCAUUCGACUAUGACUUUACUCGAAGAAGAAGGAUUACAACUUAGAGAAGUUCAAAGACUAGAAGGUCACACCGAUAGGGUAUGGGGUCUCGCUUGGAAUCCGGCCACUGGCACCGCCGCUGCCAUGCUCGCUUCAUGCGGCGGCGAUAAGACUGUUCGAAUCUGGCAACAACGAACCGCAUCCUCCACGUCAUUCGAUUGCAAGGCAGUGUUAGAAGAGACUCAUACUCGAACAGUUAGAUCAUGUGCCUGGUCACCAUCUGGUAAAAAGCUAGCAACUGCAAGUUUUGAUGCGACCACUGCGAUUCUGGAACAGAAUGGGGACGAUUUUGAUUGUGUAUCCACCUUAGAGGGUCAUGAAAAUGAAGUUAAAAGUGUUUCAUGGAAUGCAUCUGGUUCACUUCUUGCAACUUGUAGCAGAGAUAAAUGUGUUUGGAUAUGGGAAGUUUUACCAGGGGAUGAGUUUGAUUGUGUCUCUGUUCUUCAAGGACAUACACAAGAUGUUAAAAUGGUCCAAUGGCAUCCAACUGUGGAUGUUUUAUUCUCUUGUAGCUACGAUAACACCAUAAAGAUUUGGGCGGAGGAUGGUGAUAGUGAUGAUUGGCGAUGUGUUCAAACUUUAGGUGAAUCUAACAGUGGACACUCAUCUACAGUUUGGGCUUUAGCUUUUAACAACACUGGAGACAAAAUGGUUACAUGCAGCGAUGAUCUUACCAUUAAAGUAUGGGGUGUGGACAUUUCAAGAUUACAAUCGGGUGAUGACAAUGCAUCUUGGAGACAUCUUUGCACUUUAUCUGGUUAUCAUGAACGAACAAUAUUUUCAGUCCAUUGGUCAAGGGAAGGUAUAAUAGCAACUGGAGCAGCCGAUGAUGCUAUUUGUUUAUUUGUUGAGUCUGAAGAUCAUUCGGUUGAUGGACCUUCAUAUAAAUUGCUUUACAAGAAAGAAAAGGCUCAUGACAUGGACAUAAAUUCGGUUAGAUGGAGCCCUGUGGAAAACAGGGUUCUUGCUUCUGCAAGUGAUGAUGGCACAAUCAAGAUAUGGAAGUUGGAUUCAAUACAUUAACUUUGUAAGCUAAUUUUCAUUUGCGUUUUGCUUGCAAAUUGAUGAUCAUUUGUAUGAAUAUAUUUUAAAAAAAUAUAUAUAAUUAUGGUGUGUUUUGUUA